GAGGCCAGGACCACCUAUCGGAGGAUCCUGCAGGAGUCUGCGAGGAAGCUCAACACGCAGGGCUCCCACUUGGGGAGCUGUAUUGAGAAGGCUCGGCCCUACUAUGAAGCUCGACGGCUGGCUAAGGAGAUAAUGUGGAUUCAUCAUUGGAAGACUGUAAUAGAAACAAGAAAAAUCCAAAAUCUCUCCCAAUUCUGUCAUGCACUUUAUACUCAGGAUUUGUUUGAUCCAGUGUGGGAAGGUGCUAGGCAAGGGGACAGCUGCCUUGAAAGAGUUCAUGCCUUAGGAGUUGAGGAGGGGACCUGCCAUGCCAUGCAGGGCCACAUGGGGGAGCACCAGGGUCAUUGAGGCAGAGGUGACUAGGGAAGCCAGCCCAGAGCAUCUGUUGUGGUUUUGUGGGAAGCAGCAGCUAAAGCAGGGCAGGCUAGUCUGAGUGGAUUUCAUAUUGAAUGGUCUGCAUAAUUCUGCCGGGCUCUGGGCUCUGGGCUCUGAGGGUGGUCUCUCAUUAUCUGUAGCUGACUCUGCAGUGAUGUAGGGCAGGGGAAGUAUUGGCCUGAGUAAGAGGUUGAUAAAGGAGAUGUCUGGUUGGGAUCCAGGCCUUGGAUUAGCUGGUUUACCUGUGAAGGAUGUACACACACAGAAUCUGACCAGGUCCAGGCAUUUUUCUAGCCCUGGGAGGAGCAGACCCUCUUGACCAGCAAGGCACCCCAAUGCCAGAUGAUGGAGAAAUAUAGAAAAUAAAAGGUAUGAGUAAUGCAGCAUAGAUAGCCACAUAUAACCACAUGGGCAUUCUUUGUAGUCACUUUGGUGUAUUUUCUGCCAAAGUAGGUUAUACAAUAUGUGCUGUUUUUGUCCCUUGUUUUACUUAGCUUUAUGAUAUGGGCAUGUGCUAGGCAAUGCUCCACCACAGAGCCACAUCCCCAGCCCCCAUGCCAUCAUCCUUUAAAGACGUAGGAAUAUUUUCUUGUUUUACUUGUUUAGUAUGUUUUCUCUCAGAACUUGGGUUAACAUUGUUUCCAGUUUUUUGCUUGGUUAGUAUAGGUUGAGUGUUCUUUUCCUGAGAUGUUUAGGACCAGAAGUGUUUCAGGUUUGUUCAGAUUUUAGAGUAUUUGCAUAGACAUAAUGAGAUAUCUUAGAGAUGGGGCCCAAGUCUAAACAUGACAGUUAUAUUAUGACAUAAACACCUUUGGACAUUGCCUAAAGGUACUGGGGAUUGAAUCCAAGGCCUAACACAUGCUAGGAAAGCUCUCUACCCCUGAGCUGCAUCCCUAGCCAUUUUUUUUUAAUUUUUUUUAUUUUGAGGCAGGGUCUUGCUAAGUGCCCGGGCCGGCCUCCUGAGUAUCUGAGCUUAGGUAUGUACCACCUCACCUGGUGUACCCAGGUGCUUUGGCAGUUCUGUGCCUGGACAGUCAUGUGGUAUGCCAUCUUUCACUUGUGGCAUUGUGCUGUGGUUAGAAAACUUCAGAUUUGGGAACGUGGUGGGGUCUUGGACUUGAGUCAGGGAUACUCAACCAACCCACGUGAUUGUGAUGAAUGUCUUGGGAAAUUACGUGGUCAUUUGCUUCAGCUUGCUCCCAGGAUGUGGAGUUGAUCCUAGAGAGUGACUUUCUGUAAGACUCAAUCCAUGUUGCUAACUACCUUCCAACUGAAAUGGUGUGGGUUUUCCCAGGGCAAAAGGCCAGCAGACUUUGAGUGAUGGAUUUCACAAGCUACCAUCUAUGGGCAGCAUCAUUCCUUCUGGGGUUUUGGGUUUUUUCCCCAGUACUAGGGAUUGAGCCCAGGGUGCUUUAACCACUGAGCUUCCUCCUUGGGCCAUUUCAUUUUAUGUCAGAGACAGGGUCUUGCUAAGUUGCCAAGGCUGGCCUAGAACCUGGGAUCCUCCUGCCUAAGCCUUCGGUCUCUGGGAUCACAGGCCCAGCAGGAGACACAGAAGGCAGCCUUGCGGUAUGAGCGGGCUGUGAGCAUGCACAAUGCCGCCCGGGAGAUGGUGUUUGUGGCCGAGCAGGGGGUCAUGGCUGACAAGAACCGACUGGACCCCACGUGGCAGGAGAUGCUCAACCAUGCCACCUGCAAGGUGAAUGAGGCAGAGGAGGAACGGCUUCGAGGCGAGCGGGAGCAUCAGCGAGUGACGCGGCUGUGCCAGCAGGCUGAGGCCCGUGUGCAGGCUUUGCAGAAGACCCUCCGGCGAGCCAUCGGCAAGAGCCGCCCCUACUUUGAACUCAAGGCGCAGUUUAGCCAGAUCCUGGAGGAGCACAAGGCUAAGGUGACAGAACUGGAGCAGCAGGUAGCACAGGCCAAGACCCGCUACUCAGUCGCUCUGCGCAACCUGGAGCAGAUCAGCGAGCAGAUUCACGCGAGGCGCCGGGGCCUGCCUGCCCACCCGCCAGGUCCACGGCGCUCCUCCCCUGUGGGGGCUGAGGCUGGGCCUGAAAGCCUGGAUGACGGGGACAGCGGCAUUGAGGGUGCUGAAGGUGGGGGGCUGGAGGAGGGUGGCAGUCUAGGGCCUGGACCUGGCGCGGACACAGACACACUGAGCCUGCUGAGCCUGCGCACCGUGGCCUCUGACCUGCAGAAGUGUGACUCGGUGGAGCACCUGAGGGGCCUCUCGGACCAUGCCAGUCUAGACGGCCAAGAGCUGGGACCCCGGAGUGGGGGACGCCGGGGCAGUGACGGUGGGGCCCGAGGGGGCCGCCACCAGCGCAGUGUCAGCCUGUAGCACGCUAUCUGGGGCUUUGGGCUUGUCUCCCACCGUAGGCUCAUCAGGGCCCUUGGGCUUCUUCCUGCCCCUCGGAUCCCAUCUUUCCCCUGGAGGCCAGCUGUGUCAGCCCUCUGUCUGCCCUGCCUCCUCGGCCUCCCCUGCCCCCUCAGGAGGCAGUCCUGCAGGGCCCCUUCAGAAGGCUGCUCUCUGCACUUAUCUCCUUCCCCUUACCCCUCUGAGACCCUUGACUUCCCACCUUCUGACUUCUUUCCUUCCUGGUCUAGCUUUGCCCCUCAGGGAACUUGGUCUAGAACACCUGGGAAGCUCAUCAGAGGAAAUGAGUACCCUAACCAGAGGGGUGCAAGGGGCUGCUGCUCCUCACCCACCCCAAGGCGGCUCCCAGGGUGCCCUAGCUAUGCUGCUGAGUCCUGCCGGCCAUGUGCCCCGCCCUUCUGUCCUAGCCUGCCUGUGUGAUUGGUGACUUUUCGCCUCUGGAGACACCACCACCCUCAGUGUGCCCUUUUGUGAACUGAGCUGCUGUUAUAUGUGCCCUGUAGCAGAACUUGCCAGAUGGAAGGGAGCCUGACCCCAUUAUCAACAUAGGGAAUGUUAUUCUAGACUGGCUCUGUAUAUGUGGUGUUUCUCCAGCUGGGCUGAGUCCUCAACCUUGCCCAGGUGCUAGUGGGUCCCUGAGGGGUCCAUGUGGGAGGCUGAUGCGGUCCCCACCCCUUGCUCUUGCAGUAGAGCUGGGCCAGUGUUUUGAGUGGGUGCUGCUGAACUGGAUCUCAGCACCCUCCUGUGGGUGGCGUUAGGGAAUUGGUGCUCAAUUGCUCUCCCUUGCUUUCCCUACUCCACGGUCCCUGGGGAGUGCUUAGGCUAGCCUGUCAAGCCUUGCCUGCCAUGAUGGGGGGGAGUCCCCUGGCUGAGGGUCCCAGCCCUCCUCGGGGAGCUGCUCCAGGGGUGGUGCUCCCAGUGUGUGUAGGGAAGCCAAACAGAUCUGGGUGCCUUGGGAGAGCUGGUCCUGCUGUGUCACCCCGAAAGGACAGGGAGCUCUUUCCCAGCCUGGGUGCUGCAGCACUUGGAGGAGGGGUGGGCCUUUCUGCACAGGCCUCUCCUACGCUCAGGUUGGAGGAGGAAGGUCACAAUGAGAACCUUGGGGUUUGAGGUGGCCACUGGUGAGGAGAAUCAGGGGACAUGGGUGUGCAACGAUGAGAACCUCAAGGUUUGAGCUGGCCACGGAAGGGGAGGGGAGACAUGGGUGUGUGUGAGUGCAUGUGUCAGUGUGAAUGUGGGAAAGGGACUGCCUUGGUUUUAUUUAAAUAAAAUAGUUUAUGUAACAGUAAA